AUGGCCGCGCCGUCGCCUGACGUGCCGCCGGAGCUGGGGGCUCUGGUGCGGAGCUUCGUGGCGAAGCUGUGCCUCAAGGCGUCCACGGCGGCGCAGUGCGCGCCGCUGCUGGCGGAGAAUCUGCCGCUGGGCCUCACGCUGUGCAAGGCGCAGCGCACGGCGCGCCAGCUGCGGUGGUUCCUGCAUGGCGACGGCGAAUGCGGCGAAACCGAGGGCAAUACAGAGGCGCUGUGCGCUCUGCUGGUCUCGGAGACGGCCUUGGUGCACUACACCCCCCGGCCCAAGAACGCCGGAGCCCGCAGCCUGGCGGAGCAGGGCGACGUGGACGAGAAGUACUGGAAGCGGCGCUACAACUACUUUGCCCGCUUCGACGAGGGUGUGCGCAUGGACCCAGGAGCCUGGUUCGAGGUGACCCCCGAGUCCGUGGCGCGGCACCUGGCGGACCGGCUCUGCCACGAGGUCGUGGUGGACGGCACCUGCGGGGUGGGCGGCAACGCCAUCCAGUUCGCGAUGAACUGCCGCCAGGUCAUCGCUGUGGACACGGACGCCCAGCGCCUCUCGGACGCCAGGCACAACGCGGGCAUCUACGGGGUGGCCAGCCGCAUCCGCUUUGUGCACGACGACUUCGCCCACUUCGCGGAGACCUACGAGGGCCAGGUGGAUGCGGUGUUCCUGUCGCCGCCCUGGGGCGGCCCUGGGCACUUGGACUGCCCCCACUUCUCUCUGCGUGAUGUGGAGGUGCCGGACAUCGUGCGGCUCUUCGCGGCCGCGUGCAAGCUCAGCAGGCGGGUGGUGCUCUACCUGCCCAGGCACACGGAUCUGCACGAGGUGGGGAUCCUGGCGCAACAGCACGGCUUCCCCGCCGUGGAGGUGGAGAAGGUCUUCUUUCAGCACCCGACGCCGCACCUCAAGCUGGUGGUGGUGUACUUCUCCCCGGAGGUCUUGCAGUUAGGCAUUCCCCGAAGCGUCACCCAGAAGACCGUGGGGCGCCCCUCGGCAAGCGUUUCGCCGCCGGCGAAGGUGCUGGCAGGCGCGAGGGACCUGCUGAGCCCGGCGCUCGCGGGGAUCUUGCUGCGCGCGGUGUACUGCCGGCACCACUACCUUGGCCGCUACGUGGUGCGCCUCGCUCUAGAGAUGGAGAGCGAAGGCCAGCGCAAAGCACCACCCUCUCUCCGGCGGCGAGGCCGCCCUCGGAGGGCCAGCUGA